AUCAAACUGAGAUCAAGACGCUGAUGUGAAAGAUUAGGCAACAGCUAUGGUCCUAAACGUGACUGUGAUAGUGGAAUAGCAAGGGAGGGAGCUAAACAUCAGUUAAGGAAACAGCCAAUGGGACACCCACAGUCGCUGGCAUCAGUUUCUCAAUCGAGCGCUUUAAAACAGCCUCAGAAGAGACAUUGGGAGGGCUCUAGUCACUGAGGAGCAACGAACACCUGCUCUCAUCUUUACCUACAUCUCAGGUGAGCUCGAGUUUCUGCAGCAGCUUGCCUGCCUCGGCUGGUAGAGAACAGAGGCCCCCAUAGAGGAAAAAAUAUGAUCGAAACCAGGAACCAGCACGGUGACAAGCAGCAAAACGGAGGUGCCAUGGCAGAGACUGCGGACGAUGUUUUUGACGACACCUACAAAGAGAAAGAGGGGAAACCGCCGAUGAUGUUUGUGUGGAGAAAUAUCAUACUCAUGUCCCUCCUACAUAUCGCUGCGCUGUAUGGACUGCUUCUCCUUCCCUCCGCAUCGCCUUUAACUCUUGCAUGGACUGCAGUGUGCUACUUUAUCAGUGCUCUUGGUGUGACUGCUGGUGCACACAGAUUAUGGAGCCACAGAUCCUACAAGGCUUCUCUUCCCCUGCGAGUCUUCCUCGCUCUCGCCAACUCUAUGGCAUUUCAGAACGACAUAUAUGAGUGGGCGAGGGACCACCGUGUCCACCACAAGUACUCGGAGACGGACGCGGACCCCCACAAUGCCAAGCGGGGGUUCUUCUUUGCCCACAUCGGUUGGCUCCUGGUUCGCAAACAUCCAGACGUCAUUGAAAAGGGAAGGAAGCUGGAACUGUCAGACCUGAAGGCAGAUCAAGUGGUUAUGUUUCAGAGACGGCACUACAAGCUGUCUGUGGUGACCCUUUGCUUCCUUCUACCCAUGCUGGUCCCCUGGUACUUCUGGGGUGAAUCCUUAACUGUGGGAUACUUCGUCCCUGGAUUCCUGAGGUACGCUGUGGUGCUCAAUGCCACCUGGCUGGUCAACAGCGCUGCACACAUAUGGGGCAACAGGCCUUAUGACAAGACCAUCAACCCGAGAGAAAACCCAAUGGUUGCUUUCAGUGCCAUAGGGGAGGGCUUUCAUAACUACCAUCACACAUUCCCGUUCGACUACGCCACAAGUGAGUUUGGCUGCAAGCUUAAUCUCACCACAGCCUUUAUCGACCUCAUGUGCUUCAUGGGUUUGGCUACGGACUGCAAGAGGGUUUCAAAGGAAAUGAUCAUCGCUCGCGUGCAGCGAACGGGUGACGGCAGCUACAAAAGUGGCUGAGCUCCCAAAUCUGCACCUGAUGCAACAAGUCGAACCAAGACACACCGUAGCAACAAGUAUAGCUGCAUUUCACUGGUGGGUUGGUGAUUCUCUUGCUUGUUAUUGUAAGUUAAACCUCUUUUCAAGACUAAUAUUGGCUUUAAAGAAUUGUAGACCUUCCCCUAAAAUGCGUGGGUCUCUUGAAGUUUUGAAGUGUCCUCACCGACUAUUAUUCUUUAUUCUACUUUUCCUCAGCAAUGUGCAGUCAGCUGUUGUCCCUUCAGCAAUAAAAACUUCAGCCCAUACUCCCACUUUAAAUCAGGGCACCUGCUUUUGUCACGCUUCCCUUUUUUGACGUUGGAUGCUCUGCACAGCAGAGCCGACGAUGACAGUGUUGAUUUCUGGAAUUUGUUCAUGUCUCUGCUCGGUGAACUCUACAUAUUCGUCUGACUUGGCUACAUGUGCAAGCACAGCUUUUUCACAAAAAUAUCAAACAGGCACAAGGAGAAUGAAGCCACCUUAGGAUGCUAAAGCAAGUCUGUCUGAGCAGUGUGUCAAAGCAGUAAUAAUUUACUGGACAUUGUAUUUAUUAAUUUGCUAUUUAUUAAUAGUCGUUGGCACUUUGAAAGCUUUAUUGAAGCCCUUAAUAGUGAGGUUUCUCUGCAGGCAAGAAUGCCCCAACUUCUCAGUAAUGCUUUGUUUAAUUCCACAAGGAGUGGAGCUAUAUCUUGAUAUUUGUCUCCUUUAAGCUAAGCUUUUCUCUAUUUUGGGUAAGCUAGUACUGAACUAUAAGCUGCUGUGUUCAAGGCCAACAUCAAGAUAGUCAGCCCUGUACUGACCUGUCCCCGUUUGUCAUAGCUGGGUGAAUGCAGUUCAAAUACUUGGGAAUACUUUGACAUCCAACUGUUCCGGGGGCUCUUAAUGGGACUUAAAUUCUCUGGUAUGGUGCAAUUUAUACCUCGGUUGAGAUGUGAAGCCACCUCAGACUUCAUCAUUGACCCUCUUCAUGUAGGUGCCUCUGGACUGCAACAUUAAAUCAAACUUCUCACUCUAAAUCACGGUUCUUUGCAUUUUUGUAUCCAUUUAAAAUACAGUCUCCCCUCAGAUAAGGCCAUGUGUAGAAGAUGCAUUGACCUUUCGUGCUGCGUGAUAUUAUUGAAACAUGUCAGGAGUCUUUCCCAAAAUGCCUUAUGAGGGUUGCCUGUUUGGGGGAAAAAAAUCAAAAAGUGCAACUUCUAGAAGUAAAUUAGGGCUUAAAAUUUUUCUGUCUAAUCAUUGUUUGGUGUCUGUCCGCUUUUGAGAAACACUUGAGGGGUAAAAAAAAAAAACAACAAAUCCUUAAUCAAACAAAUACUUUGCUCUAAAACAAGAUUCAAACUUAACAUUGUAAUCUCUUUUACAGAGCAACAAUUUUCUACAGUGUUAACGGCACAUUUUUUUCAGAGAAUGUUUUUGUAUGCAUUGUAUGAACCAUAAAUAAACCAAAUUUUCUACGUGUGACCAAGUAUGUUUUGCUGUUUUUGUUGGAAUUCUGUAAUACUCCUUAUUCAUAUACUGAAUAAAAAAAACUAUGAUCACACCA